ACCUUCACCCACGCAUGGUUUGUACGUCAAAGCUACCUCCUGUUGCGGUUAUCUGCCAUUUUUCAAAGGACAACCACAAUUUUCAUGGUUUCGUCCCGACCCGAAGAACUACUCUUCUGCAGAGUGAGUGAGCUACCUCUCCCGACCUUGCUCUUGCUGACCGAGCUUACAUUGCCUUCCGCGUGAGCUCCCUAACUUGAAUGGAGUAGCUAAUGCUGAGCCAAGCCAGUAGGUAGCAGUCUUAGACCAUUCCCUUAUAACGUGAAUCUAUAAGCUGGGUUCAGGUAGCAGCUGCUAUCCCUGAUUCUGUCGUGAGUUCGCGGUUAGAAGGAAGUGGAGGAAGCCAGUUCCAAAUAGAAGUCCAUGGCAUAGCGUGCAAGAUAGCUGAAGAACCAAGGAAGUGGCAGGUAAUCCUUACAACAACAUUGGCAGCUGCCAUUGUUUUCUCUGGAAUGAGUGCUCAGGCCGAGCUCAAUAAAUAUGAAGCUGAAACCCGUGGUGAAUUUGGCAUAGGCUCAGCAGCUCAAUUUGGUUCGGCUGACCUGAGGAAGACAGUCCAUGCAAAUGAAAAUUUCAGAAGAGCAAAUUUCACCUCUGCUGAUAUGAGGGAGUCUGAUUUUAGUGGUUCCACAUUUAACGGUGCUUAUCUUGAGAAGGCAGUGGCAUAUCGAACAAACUUCUCUGGUGCGGACUUGAGCGACACUCUCAUGGAUCGUAUGGUUCUUAAUGAAGCUAACUUUACAAAUGCUAUACUGGUAAGAUCAGUUCUCACUCGAAGUGACCUUGGUGGUGCCAUAAUUGAAGGUGCCGACUUCAGUGAUGCAGUAUUGGAUCUUCCUCAAAAGCAGGCACUAUGCAAAUACGCAAGUGGGACUAAUCCUGCAACAGGGGUUAGCACAAGGACAAGUCUUGGGUGUGGCAACAGCCGCCGGAAUGCCUAUGGCACCCCUUCUUCGCCAUUACUGAGUGCACCUCCACAAAUACUACUUGAUCGAGAUGGCUUCUGUGACCCUAAAACGGGCCUCUGUGAUGCCAAGUAAAGAGGAGCUUCCUCUUUCCGUGUCAUCUUCAGGGCAAAGCAAAGGCUCACACACAAAGGGUCAAAGAUGACUCCAAAAGGCAUAAAACGACUUAUUUGUCUUUUGCAUUGUAUUGUAUAUAUAGCCAAUGGAUGACCAAAACUAAGAAUCGUGUUAAGAAAAUUGAUUUUCAUUCUUUGUUCGGACACAAACAAUAUACCUCAAACAAAGACAUCACAAAACUAGCAUUGUUAUUUUUCAUUUGUUUCCUUUCUACGAAAGAAAUGAAUAAACUGAUACAAAGGUUCAUUUUA